AUGGGAGGCGCCAUCGAGCUGCUCUCGCCUCCGUCGUCGCCGGUUCCAGGCCGGCCGUCGUUCGCCCCUCGCACUCGUUACCGACCCUCUCUUACGACCGUCGGCUGGAUCCUCCUCUACGCCGCCACCUUCCUCGUCUACCAGCAUCAGCUUCGCGCCGGCGGUCCGAGCGGCCCCACCUCGACCUCCCUCUCGCUCAGCGACGCCGCCGGCUCGUCGCUCGCGACGACGUCGUGCGAGGUCUGCCACCUCGACCCUUCGAACCCGUUGUGCGAGUACGGGCUCGACAACAUCCGCACGUCGAGGGCAUACGAGGGAAGCGGCGCGAGGCUGCGGCGGGUCCUGCAGCGCGCUCUCGCCGGCGAGGAGAUCGAGGUCGGGGUCAUCGGCGCGAGUGUGACGCAGGGUCAUGGGCUGGCGCCGGGCAAGCAGCGGUGGGAGGACCGGUGGUUCGACGACUUUCGCGCGCUCUUCCCCAAGGCCAAGAUGCACGUCGGCGCGGUUGCGGCGACCGACAGCCGAUUCUUCUCGUACUGCUUCGAGGCCGUCGUUCCUCGCGACCUCGACCUUUACCUCGUCGAGCUCGACGUCAACAACGCGCCAGGCCCUCAAACUCUUCGCGACGACGACGCCCUGAUGCGCGGGCUCCUUCAGCUCCCGCAAGAGCCCGCCGUCGUGCGCAUCUCGGCGUUCACGACCAUCUUCAACGAGCUCGCUCGAGGCGCCAUCAGCUCCCUCAUCACGUCCCAGUUCUUCGACGUGCCCGUUAUCGGCAUCCGCAACUUCCUCCUUCCGCAAGUGAUCCGCCACCGCGAGACGGCCGAGGAGCUCUUCGGCCUCGACCAGGGCGGUCACCGCGACUAUCGCCACAUUGGCCACGUCAGCCACGCGGCAAUGGCCGACAUGCUGUCGCUCUUCAUCCGCAAGGAGGUGUGCGAGGCGCAGCGCCGAGCCGUCAUGCCGCCUUCGCCAGCUUUCGAGAAGAGCGGACCGUGGCCCGGCGAGGCAGACCAGGGCAAGGUGCCCGAGCUGGCGCUGUGGAGCUCGUGGAUCAACCCGGAGCCUCUCGUGCCCGUGACGCCCAUGUGCCAGUCGACGAUGUGCCCGCUCUCGCCGCUCCAGGUCCUGUCGCACUCGCCGACGUUCGAGUUCGUCACCUGGAACGACAAGCACGCUUGGGCCUCGUCGACGCCGGGCGCCCAGAUCCGCAUAAAGUUCCGCGGCACCAAGGUCGGCGUGUUCGUCUACGCCUCGAACGGCCGAGGCGCCGACGAGGCGAGCGCCGACCCGGCCGUGCGCAAGGUCCACGCGCCCGGUCAGGCGCUGUGCUGGGUCGAGGAGCCCGACAUGACCGAGGACGAGUGGCGCGAGAGGUACGGCGGCGACAACGUCGAGGAGGAGAAAGAUGGACCGGCGGCGGCGCAGACCUGGUUCGUCACGACGCACUGGCCGAACAAGCCGGCGCCGCAGCCCGAGUUCGUCGAGAUGGCCGAGGGGUUGGACGUGGGCGAGCACGUCCUCGCCUGCGAGGUGUCCAAGGAGACAACGUCGGGUGGUCACCUUUGGCGCAUCAUGGGCAUCGCGAGCCAGUGA